AUGGAUGAAGACCAGAUUCCGUCCCAAAUUCUCCCGGAGCCGGCUCCGAAGCGGACCCUCGGUUCUCGAUUACACGCCGUGAAGAGGACGCUUCUCACGAAAGAAGGCCUCAUCGGCAACUACGACUAUGCCUUCCUCUUCCGUCCUAAUCUCCCUUUCAUGAAAAAGGCUGAUCGGCCGCCACCCUUCUUCGGCCUCAAUGACCGGAUGCCCGUGGUAUUGGCCCUACUCCUCGGCUUCCAACAUGCACUCGCUAUGCUGGCCGGCAUCAUCACGCCGCCCAUCAUCAUGGCCGGCGCCGGCGGCGUCAACCUCAACACCGAACAGACCCAGUACCUGGUAUCCACCGCCCUGAUCGUGUCUGGCAUCCUGUCCACCAUCCAAAUCACCCGCUUUCGCAUUCUCAAGACCCCCUACUACAUCGGGACGGGCCUGAUCUCGGUGGUUGGCAUCUCCUUUGCCAUCAUCCCGGUCGCCUCGGGCGCCUUCAGCCAGAUGUACGCCAACGGCUUCUGUCCGACCGCUGAGGACGGCACGCCGCUACCGUGUCCGGAUGCCUACGGGGCCGUACUGGGCACCGCAGCGGUCUGUUCGCUCCUCGAGAUCCUCAUCUCGUUCGUGCCUCCCAAGGUCAUUCUGCGCAUCUUCCCGCCUAUCGUGACGGGGCCGACCGUCAUGCUGAUUGGCAUCAACUUGAUCGCCUCCGGUUUCAAGAAUUGGGCCGGCGGUUCUGGCCCUUGCGCCGACGCGAACCCGGCCGAGUUUUUUGCCCUGUGCCCUGAUAUCACCGCACCCCAUGCCCUCCCCUGGGGCUCGCCCGAGUAUCUUGGCCUUGGAUUCUCCGUGUUCGUGACCAUCAUCCUCUGCGAGCGCUUCGGCUCGCCCAUCAUGAAGUCGACCAGCGUGGUCAUCGGCCUACUAACAGGCUGCAUCAUCGCCGCGGCGUGCGGGUACUUUGACCGGUCCGGCAUCGACACGGCGCCCGCGGCGUCCUUCAUCUGGGUGCACACGUUCAAGCUGUCCAUCUACGGGCCGCUGGUGCUGCCGCUCAUGGCCGUCUUCAUCAUCUGCGCGUGCGAGGCCAUCGGCGACAUCACGGCGUCGUGCGACGUGUCUCGCCUCGAGGUCGAGGGCGACAUCUACGAGAGCCGCAUCCAGGGCGGCGUGCUGGCCGACGGCGUCAACGGCCUGCUCGCCGCCCUCGCCACCAUUACCCCCAUGACCACCUUUGCCCAGAACAACGGCGUCAUCGCCCUCACCCGCUGCGCGAACCGCUCCGCCGGGUAUUGUUGCUGCCUCUUCCUCCUCCUCGCGGGCAUCUUCACCAAAUUCGCCGCCUCCCUCGUUGCCAUCCCCUCCGCCGUCCUCGGCGGCAUGACGACCUUCCUCUUCACCGCCGUCGCCGUCUCGGGGCUCGCCAUCGUCGCCAAGGGCGUGCCCUUUACGCGGCGCAACCGUUUUGUGCUCACCGCGGGCCUGGCGCUGGGGUAUGGCGCGACGCUGGUGCCGGAUUAUUUUGAGGGGGUGUUCCGCGGGGUGGCGGAACAGGAUAAGGCGUUGAGGGGGUUUUUGGAUGCCAUUGCGUUGGUGAUGGAGACGGGGUUUGCGGUCACGGCGUUGGUGACGGUGGUGUUGAAUUUGGUGUUGCCGGUGGAGUUGGAGGAGGGGGAGGAGGUGAGGGCUGGGGAGGGGGAUAGUGUGGUUGGUGGUGGUGGAGGUGGUAGGGGGAGGGUGAGGUCGGUUGAUGAGGGAGUGGUAGGGGGGAGGGGGAGUGGCAGCGGGGAUGAUAGUGGGGAGUUCAAGGGGGGUAAAUCUGCGUAA